UUAUAUAUUCACUUGUGAUGUUUGUGACAACGUUACACUUAUACCGUUGAUAUAUGGUCAUUUAAAUGCGAUUAGUGCUGGGACAGGGAAUGAGAAGGGAUGCAGCUUUAAGUUAAACUCUUGUACCUUACUAAAGCUUUUAAGAUUUUCACAAUGUCCCCCACGCCCUUCUCUUCUUCGCCCUGUGUCGCCCUGAACACAGGGCUUCAGAUGCCCCUCCUGGGUUUGGGGACCUACAAGCUGUGUGGCCUUCAGGAUGUAUAUCGAGCUGUGGAUGCUGCUCUGUGUGCUGGAUACAGAGCCUUCGACAGUGCAGCCGUCUACCGCAAUGAAGAGGAAUUAGGCAAAGCUCUGAGAGCGCUCCUUCCCAAGUAUGGCUUGACUAGAGAGGAUGUGUUCAUAACCAGUAAGCUGGGCCCUAAGGAUCAGGGUGAAAAGGCCAUGGAGGGGGCCCUCCACAGUUGGUCCCAGCUGGACUUGGAUUACAUUGAUCUCUACCUCAUCCACUGGCCCGGCACUCAAGGACUACCGGUGGGUGACGAGCGCAACCCAGGUAACCGAGCUCAGAGCUGGGCCAGCCUGGAGGAGCUGCAUGGUCAGGGGAAGCUGAGGAACAUUGGAGUCUCCAACUACACACCAGCACACAUGAGAGCACUGAUGCAAAGCUGUAAAGUCCCUCCUGCAGUCUUACAGGUGGAGUUCCACCCACGGCUGUGUCAGCCUGAACUGAUGAGUCUGUGUAAGCAGUACGGAGUCUGUUUUCAAGCAUACUCUUCUUUAGGAAAAGGAGAGCUGCUCUCUGACCCAGUGAUGCUGGAUGUGGCAAAGAACUGCGAACGCACACCUGCACAGGUUUUGUUACGCUGGGCGCUGCAGCAGGGCGUCCCAGUGCUCCCCAAAUCCUCAAAUCCAGAGAGAAUACAGCAGAACGCCGAGGUGUUUGACUUCACCCUGAGUGACACGGAUAUGGACAGACUGUCGGCUCUGGACUGUGGUCAAAGGUUCUGCUGGGAUCCAUCAGAGGUGGCCUGAAACAGCCGCUGUGGGUCGAAACAGGAGAUCCUCCGCGAUGUGUUGUUUUAAAAUUGCAGCCAGAGAAACAUAAAAUGAAGGUUUUAAAGCACUGAUCAGGUUUUGUUCAUAUUUUCCCUGAUGGCAUAAUGUAUUGAGCCUUUUCAGUCAGUACCUCCUUGCAUAUUUGCCUUCAGUUGUUUCUGAGAUAGUCUGUUUGCCUUUUAACAAGGGUGACUUCUCUGCUUUAACCAAGUAUGAACAGGGCUCCUACACAUUUUAACUUUCAUGGUUCAAUAGUUUUCUAAACGUAAAGACACUCUCUACACGAAGCCAAACACUUUUGUAAAAUUCAGCUCUUUGCACCUCUCAUCCACACAGAAACACAAUUUUCAGUGAGAGAAGCUGAGCUACAAUUUUUUCCAAUUGCCCAUUAUUGCUUCCCGAGCUCGGAACAAUAACAAUAGAACCGUCAUGUUGUUUUUAUUUUCACAUCUAUCUCACUUUUUUCUGGCUCUGCUGACAUGAAGCUUCAAAUAUGUGUUGAAAACAUCAUUGUGUGCUGAAAAUAGACAAGAGUCCCAACUGUUAUUGCUACCCACUGGAGCACCAGAAGGGAUUUUUGUUGGAACUUUUGCAGAUGCAGAUAUUUUUUUGGUACAAGCGGAGCACAAAUGUUUUUGAAAAUAUACCCUGAAUAGUUAGGUUGAGGCCUUACAUUUUGUGAUUUCUGAUUUACCGGGCCAUCUUGGACAUUAAGGUAAAACAUUUAUUAAAUGUUUGUAUUCAUCUUUGCAUAACUUUUUUGGUGCUACAUUACUCUGCAAAAGUAUUCAUACUCCUUGAACUUUUUCCCAUUGCAGCCAGAAAUUUCCCUCUAUUUUAUUUUGUCUUCAUGAUUUACCAACACAAAGUAGUACAUAGUGGAAGUAAAAUUAAACAUUUUUAUGUAGAUAAACAUUUUAAAAGUGUACCUUGCAUUUGUGUGAACCCCAUUUGACUCUGAUGUCCUUCAAUAAAAUCCAGUGCAAAGGACUCCAUUCAGAAGUCACCUAAUUA